CAUUCCUUCACUCACCAAAUUUUAACAAUCAAGAACAACAACUAAAAUAAUGAGUUCUCAAAAUCAUAUAAUCUUAUCCAUUGUUUUCUUCAUUUGCUCAACCCUAUGUUGCAUAAAUAUUUCUUUAGCACAAAACUCCCCUCAAGAUUACCUUGAUGUACAUAAUCAAGCUAGAAAAGAUGUUCAUGUUGGUCCACUCCAAUGGGACAAUACCCUUGAAACCUAUGCUCAAGAUUAUGCCAACAAAAGAAUCAAAGAUUGUGAACUUGAACACUCAAUGGGUCAAUAUGGUGAAAACCUUGCUGAGGGUUAUGGUGAAAUGAAUGGUACGGAUGCAGUGAAAUUUUGGUUAACUGAAAAGCCUAAUUAUGAUUAUCAUUCAAACUCUUGUGUCAAUGAUGAGUGUUUGCAUUAUACUCAAAUUGUUUGGCGUGAUACGGUUCAUCUUGGUUGUGCUAAAUCUAAAUGUAAGAAUGGUUGGGUUUUUGUUAUUUGUAGUUAUUCACCACCCGGUAAUGUUGAUGGACAACGACCUUAUUGAUUGUAUUUUAUUAUUCUAAGAAAAUAAAUUAACUAUAUAUUAUCAUGAUGUUGCUUAA